AUGGCGGGUCGGCCGCGCGCAAACUCCAAGGCUGCAGCUGGAGUCCUACUGGACAUUGACAAUCUCCUGAGCCCCAAGUCGAGCGCAUCUGACUGGUCGACCGGGCCCUUGUCGGUUGACAUCCUGCUCAACGACAGAAACGGGCUGCUGAAACCCAAUGGAAGGAACAAGACCGCUAAGAAACCAAGGAAGGAUCAGUUCCUCGUCAACGAUCGCAGGGCCGCCACUGCUCUUGACAAGGACAUGACGGAGGUAACACUCAAAUCAGACAGCUCCAGUAAGUUUGAGAGUGAUUGCAUCAGGUCAGGGCUUCUCAGAACUCAAAGAAAGCUUCUACCCGCAAGGAUCAAGAAGGGUCUGAGCCCAGAUCACGUAGUCGAGUAUCGUUUUCCUGCGAGACCAUUCUUGGGAGGACGGACUCAAGAUGCAACGAAAGACGAUGCACAGGAGAAGGAACAAAAACACGAGAACACCGGCAAUCGCAAACGUUUCCCCAUCCCCGGGAUCCACACUCAGCAAGUCAAACUGAACACAAACAACAUGGCUAAGCAUAGCCCAGCGGAAUACUUUCUCGCCAAAUAUCUCUGUCGUCCCAGAUCAGCCCCGAUCAUUCGGAUCCCCACAGUGCACUUUCAGUCAGAAAACGUUAAAGUUUAUCAUGGGGAAAGACAUCAAACUGGCCCUGCAGAGCCUUCCAAGGAGCUUUCUGUCUCGUCCAUGCGCCUUUCAUCGGAGCACUCAGACGACAUUGAGUGUGAUGACACCCCGAGCCCGUCCGAGCGCGCUGACUCCCUUGAGCCACUCGCUUCUGAUCUCCCGGAUUUCAUCAUCGUCGACCGUGGAGAGGAUGAUAUUGAUGAGCUUCCGCCAGCUACCAGGACGGGCUCCGCUCCCAGCUGCCUCAGAAGUUUCCAGCUGGACUCUGUAGAUAAGCAGGCGGAAGCGGCAAGAAAGCUGGUAGUGAGAGGAAAAGUCCUCACUGCAAGCAAGGAGAGCACAGAAGGAUAA